AGGGAAGGAAGGCAAUGUCUGUGGAAAAACUACCUCACAACGCUGGCGUCCAAUUCCAGCCUGUAGGGCGACAGCUUCUUUGCUGUGUUCUCGGGGGUCUUCGUCCCCUGCUUUUGAUCGCCCCCCACAACCACCCCGACCACAGGCUUUGGGCAAAGCUCUCGCAAAGCACCCCCCGCCCUAGGCGUCCCGGCCUGUGAAGCCACCGGCACGCGGCCACAGACCCGCCUGCGCCCAGGGCCCCACGACAGGGCGGGGCGGCGAGGACAGGGGCGUCCCUCCCGCCGCGGCGCAGGGGCGGAGCCGUGGAGCCAAGCGGCCGACGCCCCGCGGCCUGACCUCCCCGGCGCCGGGUCCCAUGACGUCACGCCGCCGUGACGCGCACGCUGUAGGAAAACUAAUUAUUUAAAAGGAUUUACUGUAUAUCUUAUAACUCUACAGAACCUUGGGAAAUAGACUGGUAAGGGGAUCGCAACCCUCGGCACGGUGUGGUCUGCACCACGCUCAGCCAGUGAGCGCACUGGCCAUCCCUAUAUAGGAUCCAAACCCGCGGCCUUGGCCCUAUGAGCGCUGCACUCUCCCGAGUGAGCCACGUGGCCAGCCCUUAAUGUAUCUCUUCUAAUGAAAUAAUUACUCAAGAACACAAAGAUAAAGAUGAAUGCCAUCUCUCAUCCAACACUGAAGUUUUGAAGACAGAAGACAUUUGCUAAGUCAAAUCAGUUCAAGUGUGCUGAAGAAAGUUUGCAAACUUCAUGAAAGAAUAGUAAAAGAAACUGUAGAAAAGGAAAAAGACAAAGGUGACAACAGAGCUGAGAGAGAAAUGAAUUUUGAGUCAGAAUGGAAGAGAGAAAAGAGAUGGAAAGAGACUUGUUGAAAAUACACCUAUUGGUCUGUGGCAGUGAAACCAGAACUCACAUGAUACUUGGCAGCAGGAAAGUACUAUUCAAGUCAAAUACAUCAUAAUGCAGAAUUCUUUAUCAGUACCACCAAAAGAUCAAGGAGAUGUUUCCAGGUUCACCAGUCCUGCUAAGAAAGGGCUGACUCAGCAAAUGUUAGACUCUCCUGGAAGGACAGUGUGCACAGGUGAAUCAAACAUCCCUUCUGGAACAGUACAGAGUGGGAAAGGUUUGCAGAAUAAGAGUCAGUUUAGGACCAUUGCACCGAAAAUUGUGCCCAAAGUCCUAACAUCCAAAGUGCUGCCAUGUCAUUCACCAUCACUCUCUGAUCAAGUGAAUCCAGGACCCUCCAUCAACUCCAAGCCAGUGGGGAUGCUUCCUCAGAACUAUGCACUGAUGCAGGUUGCUGGCCAGGAAGGGACAUUUUCUCUUGUCGCCUUGCCACAUGUUGCCUCAGCUCGACCAUUCCAGAAACUCAGAAUGCCCCUGCCUGAAAACCUUAAACUGCCUAUUCCUCGAUAUCAACCCCCCAAAAUUAACAAAGGAUCAAGGAAGAAACACAUCCUGAGGUCUCCUGAGAGUGACUGUAGCAAACCUCCUGCCCAAACCCAAACAUGUCCUCAGAUGUCCCCUUCCCCACCCCACCACCCUGAACUCCUGCACAAAUGUGAUCCAUUCGAGCAAGUGCCACCACUAGACCAAGCCCCAGCCAGCGUCAGCAUGGCUACACUGACCAAUGGAGAUUGUCACGGAGAUUCAAGACUGCCUAUGACCAACAACCAUGUAGAUCUAAACUCUCAUGCCACCCCAACAUUGUCCACACCAGAGGAGCCCUGUGCCAAGCAGGACCUCAGAAAGAUUUCAGGGAAAGCAAACUUUGCAAGCCAGAAAAUAUCCUGUAAACCUGCUGCUAUUGUCAGUGAAAAACUUAAGGAACAAAUUGAUCUUGCAAAAGCCAUGACCAUUUUAUCACCAGCUGUUUUUGGCAAUGCAGUUCGGUUGAUCCCAUCAGUCCCCAAAGGUAAACUGCCAAUCUUACCCCACUCAAGAAUAAAAACAACGGAGGUUUGCAAGAUUGAAUCAGAUGCUAACAUUGCAGAUUUUUCUUUGCCAGGGCAUGGGCCAGACUGUGAUAACAUAUUUUCCAUCACAGAAGACUUUAAUGCAACCACCAAAGUGGCCAGCAAGGUGCCUGUUCCACAAGUGUCAAAGUACAGCCCCUGUGAAAGUACCUUCUGUCCAGCCACCAAACUAGAUUUCAACCACAAAUCAAAACUGAAUGGUGAGGCAGCAAAGAGAAGAGGAAGAAAACAGAAGGUACCAGAGGAAAUUUUGGCAUUUCAGGGGAAAAGGAGGAAAUGUGUCAUUAAUAAGCAGAAAGAUGGUAAAGAAAGAGUAAAAAAUGAUCCCCAAGAAUCCAGAAACCAAAAAUAUGGGGCCAUGAAAAAAUAUCGUAGCAUUAUGCCCAAACCUGUCAUUGUCAUGCCCACUUUGGGUCUGCUGGCUUCUCCUGCAUCUAUGCUACAAUCUCCAAUGCCCAAUGGCCUAGGACAAGACAUUUUGUUAAAUAAUUCACUCACUUCUAAAUAUCUUGGCUGUAAGCAGGACAUCAGCCCUUCCCCUAAGCCCAGUUCAGUGUUCAGAAACAGAUCUUCUGGUAUUAAGAAGCCUUGUCACAGAUGUCACAUCUGUAACCACCAUUUCCAGUUCAAACGUCACCUUCGAGACCACAUGAAUAUGCACACGAACAGACGGCCUUACAGUUGUCGGAUUUGUCGCAAGGCCUAUGUACGUUCUGGCAGCCUGAGCACUCACAUGAAACUUCAUCACAGUGAGAACCGUCUGAAGAAACUCAUGUGUUGUGAGUUUUGUGCAAAAGUGUUCGGUCAUGUGCGAGUCUAUUUUGGCCAUCUGAAAGAAGUGCAUAGGGUCGUGAUCAGCAAUGAACCCUCCCCCAGUGACCCGCAGCCAGGGGACAUGCCAAAGAACAGAGACGAUAGUGUGCGUGAGCUGGAGGGAUCACUGGAGAGAGAAAACAAGUCAAGCUUGGAAGAAGACUUCCUUCUAAACCAGGCAGACGAAGUCAAAUUACAAAUCAAAUGUGGCCGUUGUCAGAUCACUGCUCAGUCUUUUGCCGAAAUAAAGUUUCAUUUACUUUAUGUCCAUGGAGAAGAAAUUCAGGGCAGGCUACAAGAAGGGAUCUUACCAGGAAGCAAAGGAGCUCAGAAGGAACUGGUCAAACCUGCUGCUCCUGACUGGAAACAGCAUCCUGAGAGAAGAGAACUGAUGAAGCAUUGUCCCUCCGAGGAAGAAUCACAUGCAUUGGCUGGAUUGAAAAGCCAACUGUGCGUUCAUCAUCAGAAUGGUGUGGAAAUACCCAUGGAAAAUGAAGGAGCCCAACCAGGAACAAAUGCACCAAGGGAAAACCCCCAGGACCCUAAGUGUCCCCGCCCCCAAACCAUUCUCCUUUGGUCCCAUUCGGGCUUUAACUGUCUCCUUUGUGCACAAACGCUGGGAAGGAAAGAAGAACUCCUCCUGCACUGGGAACACCAGCAUAACUGUGAGGACCCUUCCAAACUCUGGACUAUUUUAAAUACAUUCUCUAACCAGGGAGUGAUUGAAUUUUCCAAUGAAACUGAAAAAUGAAAUGGUGAGGCAAGCUGGGGUUAAAGAGUUUUGCUAUCACCUUUCUCUCAAAGUUUUGUUUUGUUUUAUGUUGGUGCUUAAAAAAUCAAACAAGUUAGGAUCAGCAUUAAUGAACACAAGUGAUUUUUUUGUACAUAGUUUUAGUUUCCUAUGAAAUAAAAUAUAUGUCCUUGAUGUAUAUUUUUGUAACCAUAUGCAGUCUUUAAAAUUCUAUGUACUGACUCGUAGUACCUGAGACUUUAUUUCAGUAUAAAUAAAAAGAUCAAGAUUUGGAGAUUGAAAUGUAGAGGUUUAUGAAAUGUAGAGGUUUA